AUGCAUAGCUAUUCAGUUAAAAAAGUAUAUGAGAAACUCAAGGGAGAACAAGAGAGAGUGUUAUGGGGGAAAAUUGUAUGGAAUAGGCUGAGCAUACCUAAGAAUAGGUUCAUACAUUGGCUGGCAGCUCUGGGGAAAUUGCAAACAGCAGAAAAACUUAAGCACAUAGGAGUUAGUGCUAAUGAUCUAUGUUUGCUAUGUGGCAGCUACGCUGAAACACAUCAGCAUUUGUUCUUUAACUGUAAAUUUAGUUCAGAAUUUAUGCAAGGGAUUAAGCUUUGGUUGGGGGUGAAGGCUAGAACACUGGAGCUUCAUCAACUGUGUAGAGGGAUCAGAAGAGGAUCAAGGACAAAAUUUCAGAAACAGGUGAUUUUAGCAGGGAUAGCUGCUGUCAUCUACUAUAUUUGGAGAGUCAGAAAUGGUUGCUAUUGGAACCACAAGGUUGAAUCUAUUAGUAGUAGCAUAAAGAGGAUACAGGCUGAUGUAAAGCUUAGACUUGCUGCUGUGCUGCCCAAUAACAUCACUAAUAGAGAUAAGCAAUGGUUUUUGUCUUUAUGA